AGAGAGAGAGAGAGAGAGAGAGAGAGAGAGAGAGAGAGAGAGAGAGAGAGAGAGAGAGAUUGUGAUGAAAGCGGAAAUAAAAAAAAGAGAAAAGAAGAACGAAAAACAGGAAAAAUAAAGAAAAGUAGAGAUUCAAGUAAAUUCUUUCCUAUUUCUCCUUUUAAUUUCCAGAAGACAUUACAAUACGAAGCACAAAGGCAAAAACCAAUCUUUCCUCCACCGCAUUACUGUAUGAACGAAGGUUACCGAAGACAGAUAAACUUGUGUGAAAGACAAAGAUAAGAAAGAUAUUAUCAAGAAUACGUAUGUACCUUUACACUCCUGAGGGUUUCGGGAACAACGGCAGCAUUAAAGUAAUCGAACAAUCAAGUAAUCGACGCUACGCUGCACGGAUUUACUUGUAACUGAGAGCAAUUCAUCCUUUUAUCGAUCAGUCUCGGGCACAGAAAGCCGGGGAAAAAAUACCGGAUAGCGUUGCGAAGGUGUUGGCGUUGGUGUUGGGACAGGAGUGUCCAUGCUCGUGGCGGAAUGACAACCGCUCCUGGACCUGUAAGCCCGGGCAGCCCAUGGCGGUGCCCACGCAGUGCUGGGAUAUCCACGAGGAUGUUCGCAUCAUCGAGUUCGGCGGCAACAUCCCAGUUGUCACACGCCACGACCUGGACCACGAGAACCUCCUGAACGCACAGAUCCUGAAGCUAAACUACGUGUCCUUUGUGGAAUACGAUGCCUUGCGGCGCCUCACCCAGCUCACGUACCUUGACAUCAUGUACGGCAACAUAACCCAAGUGCCUGACCUCAGCCACCAGACCCUCGUCACCAGCUUGGACUUUUCUUACAACCAGCUCACCGAGGGCCCCAGUCUGCCGUUCCAGGUCCACCUACGGUACGUCGGUCUCCACCACAACAUUAUUGAACGCCUCCCAGAUGACUUUCUCCCUGCGUCUGACGGUAGUAUUGGCAUGCCACUGGUUCACAAUAACCUGACGGAGCUGAACGCUACCAGUAUUCUUCGUGCCCCGGCAAACAGCAGCUUUACAUUUGACGUGGACCUGUUGAAGGUGGUGUGGGCGACUGCUGAGGAGCGUGACACCCUGGCGGCCAGGACUUAUUUCUGCAAUGUUGAUUUGUUAAGUAUUGUGCAGCUUAUCGACGAUCCCGUGACUCCUGAAGCCUCAUGAUUGGUGAAUAUACAUGAAACAUGUAUAUCAAUCAAGAUUUACCUCUCGUGAUCAGUCUGUCUAUAUAGGGUGUUACAGGAGUUUCUGCAGAUAUUAAUAUUUAAUAUUUUAAUAUAUUGAAUCAAGUAUAUUAAAUAUACUUAAUAAUAUUAAAUAUUUUCAACUUAGAUUAAGCUGUACUUCCACCUCCAGCAAUCCCCGCAGAAGCUCGUGUUACACCCUGUAUAUCUUCACUGCUUUGUACUUUAUCAUAUGUACUACUUAACUUGCGAGAUAAAAGUAGUUAAACUUACAGUAAUAUCUUCUUUAUCUUAUUGAAUUUCUUAAAAAUACGAGAUAUUAAAAUUAUAAAUGAAUUAAUAAACAGUAAUACAAUACAA